AGAUGGCGUGGAGGAGAGAGGAAAAGGUGGGAUGGGGAGACAGCUUGACAUGCUGGAUAAUUGAUUCCCCACCCGUUGGCGUUCUUCUCCGCCCUCUGGCUUGUCUCAUCUUUUCCCCUCUCGUCUUUCUUCAGCAGUUGAUAAACAAAUCGCUUUCUCUGCCAUUCUCGCUAGCUUCCAGUUGGUUUUUCUCUCCUUCUACUUGGAGGCAUGUUCGCUCGGCUCGGCCAACUCUCCCGCCAUCUUUCUCGUCCGUCUUUAUCCCAGAUAUCGACUUCCCCGGCUUUUCCAUCCUCAACGUCCUCUCUGCCCCUGUCCCGCGAGCUCUCCCCGAAAAUGACAUCAUCUGCCCUCACCAACGGCCAAAAGACCAUCCACACGGCAGCAUGUUUGAUCAUUGGCGAUGAAGUACUCGGUGGGAAGACAAUCGACACAAACUCGGCCUACUUCGCCAAAUUCUGCUUCUCGCUAGGAAUCCAGCUGAAACGCAUCGAGGUCAUCGCCGACGAUGAAGGGGAAAUCAGCGAAGCCGUCCGCCGCAUGAGCAACAACUACGACUUCGUCGUCACCAGCGGCGGCAUCGGGCCAACCCACGACGACAUCACCUACGAAUCCAUCGCCAAAGCCUUCGGCCUCAAUCUCCAACUCCACCAAGAAGCCUUCGCCCGCAUGAAGAAACUCUCCCGCCCGCACCCCAUGCAGCCCCAAUUCGACUGGGACACGCCCUCCCCAAUGCUAACCGCCAAGCUGCGCAUGGUGGAACUUCCCCACGACCCCGCUGUCCCGCUCGCCGCGCAAGCCGUCUUCGUCGCCGACGACAUGUGGGUGCCCAUCGCCGUCGUCAACGGCAACGUUUACAUCCUCCCGGGCGUCCCGCGUCUCUUCGAGCGCCUCCUCGAUAACCUCAAGCCGUCGCUGCUGCCGCGGCUGUCGAACCCCGAUGGAACUGGCAUCUACCGGUAUCUGUUCAGCACGCCGCUGCCCGAGAGCGAGGUCGCGCCUUACCUGACGGAGUUGGCGGGGAGGGUUGAGGCGCGCGGCGUCAAGGUCGGGUCUUAUCCGCGGUGGGAGAAGAAGCGCAAUACGGUUACGCUCGUGGGGACUGAUAAGGAGUUCAUGGAUGGAUUGGUUGCGGAGGUGGAGCAUAACGUGAAGGGGACGAAGGUGUCGCAGGAGGAUGAGCUGGAUGUGCCUGAGGAUGGGGAGUAAGAGUGAUAUUUGCUAUAUACUGGAUGAUUAUGACUUUACCCAUAGAUCGCAAUCUGGCUUGUAGCUGGUUGGUUUGGUUUCUGCUCUUGUUUUUGUUUGUGGUUCUUUUUUUUUGAAUGUGGCAUUUUCUGUCUGCUUGGUUUUGUUCAUCACGUACAUAGAUGGGUAACUCUUCACCUAAAGCAUGUAUAUACAGUACCUAUGAUUUGUCUUGCG